AGAUUUUUAAUCUUUAAUUGUAUUUUAACAACUUGCGCUUCCGCUCAAACGACUUCCCUUCGCUGGUGACGUAUGUAAGGCCCCGCUGCGCUUCAGCCAAUAGCGCGCGUCCCGCGUUCUAACCACGCCCCCUCAGCCUGUCACACAAACUAGCGCAGCUGCGAACGCAGCGAUGGUGAAAAGGUGCGUUUUCGGAUGUUUUCCUCUUAAAACGUUGUUCCCCAUCCCGAAGGUACCGUGGUUACGCACUCGCUGGCUUGAGUUUCUACACUUCGAAGAAGGAGGCGUAACGGAGAAUUCGCGUUUGUGCUCGCGGCAUUUCACGCGUGAAUGCUUUCAGAAUUUAACGCAGCACGAGAUGGGUUUCGCUAAAGUCCUGUGUUUGACAGAUAAAGCCGUUCCGUCCGUUUACACCGUCGGCGCGUCACCCGCCGCGAAGCCGCAGACUCGGGAUGUUUCCUGUCAGUGUCCGGCUUACGGUCAGAAAAAGAGCGUUUCGGUUCAAACUCCGAAGUCCAAACGACGGCGUGAAGAGGUAAACCUCAACCUCGUAAAGUUUAAUGAAAAUCACGAUGGAGAAACGCAGACAGAGACGUACACAGACGAUUCUUCAGCACAGACGUUUGCACUGAAUGAAGAUGGAAUUAAAUCCAUUCAGAUCAAAGAGGAGCACAUGGAGGACGGGCAGUGGGACAGCGGACCAAUUUCUCCGUCUCUUUGCCCGUUGGGUCCAGAGGUGGACGACCAGGACAGUUUCAGCGCAGGAACAACAGGACCAGCUAGAGAGGGCAAUGAUUUCAUCCUAACAAGUAAAAUGAAGACCAGCGGAUUGUGGAAUUCACCUGUUUCCGAGGAAUAUCCCAUGAACUCCGAAGCCCAGAGUUUGGACGCGUCUCCUCUAGAAUCAGGCGAGCGAUACGAGAACCGACGGCCGGAUCCGAACGUACAGCACCAUAUGGAUGAAGCAUACAGAUCGGGCGAGAUCUCCCUGCGCGCGGCUAACCACGCGGCUCCGUCGGCGUCGGAUCACAGGGACGCAGCGGCGGAGAGGAGCUCACGCUGCCCUCAGUGCGGAAAGACAUUCACCACGCGCUUCUAUCUGAAGAUCCACCAGCGGAUACACACGGGAGAAAGACCGUACAACUGCCCACAAUGUGGCAAACGCUUCUACUGCAACUCACACCUGAUUUCACACCAGCGAUCGCACACCGGAGAGAAACCCUACAGCUGCGAGGAGUGCGGCAAGUCCUACUCGCACUUAAACUCACUCAAACUGCACCAGCGCAGCCACACCGAAGAAGAGGCGUAUGGGUACUGUAUUUUUUGUUUAUAUAUCCGGUCCACCGGAAACACGCCCCCUCAUCUGCUCCAGAGAAAAGAGUGUUUUAACAGCGAGAUGAGCUCGGCAGCGAUGUUACACACGCAGAUCUCCGCGAUCAUGGAUGUGCUGGCGAAGGCGGCGGUGGCGGAGAUCAGUCAGCUGCUGGAGGAAGAUGCUGCUGCUCUUCAUCAGGAGAUCCGGAGGAGAAACGAGGAGAUCCAGGGACUGAAGACCCGACUGAUGCUCACCGAGACCAAACUACAGAGAGUCACUGCGGACAGGUGCUCCAUCGGCGUACAGGUGGAGAUCACGGGCACGAGCAGCGUCACACCUGCGCUCCUGCUGGGCGUAUCGGCUCAUUCACGGGAACCUCGGCCUGAUGAUCAGAGUCAGCAGAAGACGGUUCCGACGUGUCCGGUCAAGGAUCUGAUCGCAGAGGAGAAGCCUCAUCAUUCACACACGCUGGAGCUGAAACGAGAAGAUCCCGUCACGUGCUCAUCACAACCAGAGGAAGAGGAGCUCAGCGGCCUGGAGUUUGAGAUGAAGAUCGAACAGGUGGAAGAACUUGUGGAUCAGAAACUAAAUCAAGUUCAGAACGAAAACCGGCGUGAUGAUGUGAACUCUCAUUCGUGGAGUUCAAAAGCUUUCGACGAUCCGGAGGGUCUGAUAGAGCCGGAGCAACAUUCCCAGACUUUUCCAGAUCCGUAUGUGAUGAUGGAGGAUCCCACAGCUCAGUCCUCAUCCGGUUUGUUCUCGCUCUCUCAGAACGAGAGUUUCGGCACUUCUGGGGACGUCGAGUACGGAUUGAAUCUUCAUCGACAGGAACGCUCAUCCGACUCCACGGCGUUCUCAGCGUCGCAUUCAAGCUCAUGUGCGGCCAAAACUCUCCCUCAGCGUCCGCACGCAGGAACCCAUCCGGGGACCAAACCGUUCCGCUGCGAGGAGUGCGGGAAGGGUUUUACGCAACGGACGCGUCUGAUCACGCACAGACGAGUGCACACGGGCGAGAAACCCUUCCGAUGUCAGCUUUGCGGGAAGACUUUCUCCAGACAGGACAACUGUCUCCGACACGUGCGAUUGCACAGCGGACAGAGAUGGUGAACGCACAUCCCAACGCUUUAUUGUGUCUCAAAGUGAGAUUUCUGCAUAUUGUAACUGUGUUGCUCCUGUAAAUGAGUUUUGCAUUUUGCAUUAUAGCCUGUUUGACAUAUUUGUUAAUAUGCAAUGCGAAAAUAACUUCAUUAAAAUAACAAUCUUCAUGAUCAAGUUUGUGACAGCUGCCCAAUUCCCAGAAUUUAUGAAGAUGAAGAUAAAACUAAAACUGUGAAACAACUUUCCUUGCUUGAAAUAAAUUUUUACUAAAUUCUAAUUAUUUUUUAAAUCUUCCCAUCUAAAAUCUAAUUCAUAUCAGGGUUAUCAUUAUUUAAAAAUAAAAUAUAUUAUUUUUAAAAAAUGUCAAAAUUAUUAUUAUUUAAAAAUAAAACCAUAAAUGAACUUUCAAUAAUAAAAUAAACCAUAACAAUCUUGCAGUCUAAAGUGUUGUUCACAUCAGGGUUAUUGUUGUUGUUUAAAAUAAAAUAUAUUAUUUUUAAAAAUAUAUAAAAAUUAUUAUUAUUUAAAACUAAAACCAUAUAUGAACUUUCAAUAAUAAAAUAAAAAAAAAAAAAAAAAUUUGCAGUCUAAAGUGUUCACAUCAAAGUUAUUAUCGUUAACUAAAACUGAAACCAUAAAAACAUUAAAGUAAACUUUACCUGACUUUACCCAGGAUUAAUGACAAUAAAUCUAAAACUAAAACUAUAAAACAACUUUCCUUGCCUGAAAUAAAAUUGACUGAAAAUAUAAUAUUUUUUAAAAGGUUUUUAUCAUUAUUUAAAAAUAAAAUGUAUUAUUUUUUAAAAAUAUAAAAAAUAUUAUUAAAAAAAAACAAAACAUAAAUGAACUUUCAAUAAAUACAUUUUUUUUAAAAAAAGUUUAAAAUAACUAAAACUAAAGAUAAAAAUUUAAUAAAAUUACAUUUUAUAAAAAUACCAAAAACACAGCAAAAUUAGUGAAGCUUUAGCUACAAUUAAAAUGAAAACAGAAAAUCUAAAAAAUAAGAACUAAUUCAAAAUAAUAAUUAAAAAUAUAGUAGUAAAAUAAAACGGUGAAAUAAUUUUCACUCAGAAAUUGCAAGUAAAUUUUACAAUUAAUUACAAAAAAAAAUGGCAUUGAAUUAUUAUAUAUACAAAUAUUUCUUUUGAAACGCACUAUAACGUAAUAAUCUUUUUUACCUUUCUUUAGUGUAUUAAAAUAACACUGCUAAACCUGAUGCCUGUUUUAUAAUUCAUGGCUGUUUUUAAGGAAAUCCCUAAUGUGGCACCGCCAAAAAACUUUAUUUUCAUUAUGUUUUUGUAUGAGUUUACUGUUGCGGUUUCCUUACAUACAUGUGAAACGGCCUGAUGCUGAAAUCUGCGUGAGCGUGCUUGUUUAUAUUAAUAUUUAAUAUUUUUAUCACUAUAAUGUGAUUUUCAGGCAUGAAAUUGUUGACCAGACAUGUUCACGUCAUCCUCUGUUAUCUUAUUCCAUGUUAACCCUGGCUAAUCAUAAUUUGAUCUGUAAUCCCUGAGCUAAUGUGCAUAUUUGCAUAUUAAUGAUCUUAUUUUAAUACCUGCUCGUCCAUUUGUUUCUUCUGACACAUGCAGCAGAAAUAACACUCUCUUCUUUACUCCAGUUACUGCAGCAUUUUAGUGAUUUUCAUCAGGUGCAGGUCAAAGCUCAUGAAUAUUUAAUAAGGGUAAGUGCUGUUGCGUUUAUGAUUGGCUGUCGGUUUGCCUUCGCAUUCCAUUGCCACAUUGUUUCAAAUGAUGUAUCAUUUUGGGCCUGAGUUCACAUUUGGCCAUGUUUAAAGUGGUUUCAGAUUGCAAAUAUGUAACUUUGCUGUAGCCAAGAUUAAAAAGUGUCCCAAAAGCUGUAA